GAGAAAACCCUAAGAGAAACAUUUUCUUUUUCUGUGAAUUUUUUAAACUUUCUUCUCUCUAUUAUCUUCAACGAACCAUAACCCCCAAAAACCUUAAAUUCAAUCUCGAACAACCAUAAAUUCAUCUCUCUCGUUUCACUUCGCGAUUUGCAAUAGCAAGUAAGUUCUAUUCUAUUUCUAAAUUAUUUUAGUUUGCGAUUUCAAUUUUUAUUUUGAUAUUCUUGCUUGUUAAGUGUAAUUUUUUUGAUGUUUGAGCUAUAAUCUUGCAAGACACUGAAUCCAAUGGCACAUUCGUAGUUUGAGCUAUAAUCCACUGGUUUUUCCGCCAUUCCACACCCACGUAAUUCAAUUCAAUUCAUGUCUAUUUCUUCUUCUUCUUCUUCUUUUUGCUUAAUCCAAGCUCGGAGAUAUUCUCGCCCUGCUCUAUAUCAAUGGCGGUUAGGGUUUCGAGUUCAUCCCCCAAAGCUUGAUUCCCUCCCUCCUUCUACCUGUUCCUAAAACCCUAAAUUGAACUCCAACUUCGAAGAUUCAGUAUCGCAUCUUUGCCUUUUGCUUUUAAAUUUUUAGUUGCUAUUAUGGGCGCGCCCGGUAAAUCGCAAGCCAACGUUAAUUCGAUGCAGGCAAGUUUGCUUAUUAUGUAAUUGAAUCUUUUUUGGCUUUAUCAUUAAUUCUAGUUAAUGGGUUUUUAUUUUAUUUAUUCCAUGUGUUUAUAGUUCGAGCUUCGAUUUGAUUUAUUUGUUGAGUCGGUGAUGGAGCUGGAGGCAUUUGGAAUAAAUAAUUGUUAGUUAGUUAGUUACCGUUUGUAAAUUCAAUUGAAUACGGAUUUUUCCUAGCUAUCACUCGGUUCUUUAUUUGGCUGGCAUUUUAUUUAGGAAGUGUUCAAAUUGUAAUCUUCACUUAACUUCAAAUCAUAUGUUUGCACAUCAUUAAAAGAAUAUUGUUUUUGACAGGCAAAUGUAAAUUAAUAGUUAUGUUAGUUUUUGGUGUUUGAACUUUGGAACUUUUAGUUACAACUCUUUCUGUGUUCCUUAAUUCACCAACUGAGUAGGAUUUUCCUAGAUUGUGUUUUGAUAGUCAAUUUUUUUUAAUGAUGCAAAAAUGCAUGAUAGUAAAUUAACAUGAUCAAACAAGAAUUGAGCUAGUGGCGAAAAAGUUUCAGUAGUUUGCAUGAUGUCAUUGGUUCAAAUCUCAUUGUCAAUAUUGUAGAAAAAAAUUGAUUUUGAGAUUUGCUAAAGAGUGCCUUUGAAGUAUUGGUUAAGGAAACAAUAGUAUAAAGUACUGCUAUUAAACAUGGUCAACACAAAUACUUUCUUUAAAUAAUUAUAAAAUUUAAUACCCUAUUUAUUAUUUAAUUAGGAACUUGAUAGCAGAAUCUAAUUGAUAAUAUCAAGGAGUUAUACAAUGGAAGUCAAAAUUGAAACCUUCUAAAAUUGAACUGAGGGGAGAAUUCAGCUGUUGCCUUUACGGUUAUUUAUGUAUGAGACAAGAGUCUAGUAUUGUGGAACUGAAUAUGUCGAGAUGAUUGGAUAACUUUGGAUAAGCUCAAAUUUGUUUGAUCUGGUUAUUAAUUGUGUGAUGUAGCAGCACCAUAGCACAUUGCACCUUGUGGCUGCUAGAAAGCUAUGGUUGUGGAGCGUUUUAAUAUUGGAUGCCCAUUAUUGGCACAAAUAUGUAAGUUGGACAUAAGUGAAUUCUCUGGAACAUAGAGCUUAUAAGAAGCCUCACUUUUUGCGAUUUUUUCGGGAUUUGCUGGAUUCACAUGAUGUUUUUUUACAAGUUGAAUGAAGGGGAUGGUGCAUUCUAUGGACCGAAGAUAGGCAUUAGUGUAUCUAAUGCAUUGAGUAGGAAAUUUCAAUGUGGAACUCUACAGCUUGACUUCCAGCUUCUUGAUAGUUUUAAGUUGGAAUUCUCAACUGAGGAUGAAGCCAAAAUUGAGAGACCUGUUAUGAUACACAUAUCCAUUCUAGGAUCUGUUGAAAGCAUGUUUGCCAUACUUUUAGAGCACUACAAGGGCCCUUCUGGCUCAUUCCUCGUCAAGCAAUUUUGUGCCCUGUGUCCGAGAAAUCACAAGCUUAUGCUCUGCAGGUAGAAGAAGCUCGGUUAGCACAAUACAAUUACAUCUUGGUUGUUGGAGAAGACGAAGCUAAUACUGGACAGGUGAGUGUACAAGUCAGGGAUAAUGAAGAUCAUAGUGUUAUUAUGAGUAUUGAGAACCUGCUCAAACACUUCAGAGAUGAAGGUGCAGCUUUCCACCGAUUAUAUCUGUUUACUUUGCUACUGGUCUAAUGAUAUCCACUGUAGUACAACAUAGAGACAAUUUUCAGCUGAUAAUUUGCUUGUGAAAACCAUUAAAACAAGUUUAUUUACCCACUAAUAACUUUAUGUCACGGUACUGAUAUUUGUUAAGGAAUAAAAAAAGAAAAUAGUUUUUUUUUUUUGUCA